UGGAAAUUUCCAUUCAUCAGUCAUGCGCCCUGAUCGUGAACGCACCUUUCUUGUUUCUCCUUUCCUAUUGACAAAGCUUUUGUCCGGUUGAAAUAUUAUUGAUUGUUGAUUGACAAAAACAACCGGAGGAUGGAUUUUAAACAUCGUUUGGAAUGUUUCUACUAAGUUUUAUUGUACUUUUUAAAACCUUUUUGUCCUGGAAUUAGUGCACGUGCCUUCUGCAUUCGGAUUACUGGACAAAACGCGCAAACAAAAAGCAGUUUUUUGCUCAUAAAGAGGGACAUUAUCGAACAAAACAAACAUGUAUUGUCUAAUAUGGAGACCUGAGAGUUAGACCAGAUGAAGAUCAUCAAAGGUCCUGCCUCCCUCUCUUUGACAGUGAGCACCAAUGAGGCCAAAAUGGAGGUCCACGAGAACACAGACGCUGUGCUGUCCUGUCAGUUCAAGACAGAGAAGGAGACUAACCCUCGUAUUGAGUGGAAGAAAAAAGGGAAGGACAUCCACUUUGUUUAUUUCGAUGGAAAAUUCACCGGAUCCUUUGCAGGUCGGGCCAAGAUCGAGGGCGCAACGGUGACACUGCAUGCCGUUACCCAGAAGGACUCUGGGUUGUAUCGCUGUGAGGUCAGCGCACCAGCAGACCACACAAACCUAGGAGAGGUCAAUGUCACCCUCAACGUACUGGUGCCCCCCCUCACCCCGUUCUGUGAGGUGCCCAGCUCAGUGCUGUCUGGGGCAGGUGUAGAGCUCCACUGUAAGGACAAACUCAGUGUGCCCCCGCCUACCUUCCUCUGGUACAAAGACAACAAGGCCCUGAGCGCCACACACACCCCUGACAUCGUCUAUAGCAUGGACACUGACACGGGAACACUGAAGAUUAAGAGUGUGUCCAAGGCCGACUCAGGCCAAUACCGCUGUGAAGUCUCCAAUCGCGUGGGGGCGUCCAAAAGCUCUGUGGCCCAUCACAUGAAGGUCAUAGAAUAUCCGUUGAGCAUGACGACACUGAUAGCCGGAGCUGUAGGCCUCUUCCUGCUCAUCCUCAUAUGCUGCCUGGAUGUGUGUCUCCCAUUGACAGGGCUGCUGAAAAAAGGAGGAGCAGGAAGGAAGCAGUCCACCUCCUCCCCCCACCAGAUACCCCAAGAACUACAAACACACCCAGUCCUUCAUGAUCUGAGGGUAUAGCACGCGCACACACACACACACACAGUCCUUCAUGAUCUGAGGGUAUAGCACGCACACACACACACACACACACACACACACAC